AUGUAUGAAGAGGUUAUCGUAACGUGCUGGAGAGUACGAGAUGAAGGUGUCUAUCCGGAUGACUAUGUGUUCCUGAAGGUCCUCAGGGCAUGCACCCAGCUGUCGGAUUUAGAAGAAGGAGUUCAAGUCCACAACGAUAUGAAGCAUUUGGGUCUGAGGCCAAAUGUAUGUAGUUCGAACUCGUUGAUAGAGUUGUACUCGAAAUGCGGUGAUGUGGUGAGUACGCGUCGAAUGUUUGAUGAGAUGUCUCAAAGGGAUGUAUUGCCAUGGAAUUCUAUGAUUGCUGGUUAUGUUUCUACUUCUAUAUAUGAUUCUGCAUUGGAGCUGUUUAAUUUGAUGUGUAUUGGUCGUGCAAGACCAGAUUUGAUCACAUGGAAUACCAUUCUCACUGCUUAUUCUCAGCAUGGACUCCUUGAAGAGGCUCUUGAUAUCUUGAAUCACAUAAAGGAGUGUGGUUAUACAAUGCCCAAUCAUGUUACUUGGACAACUCUAACAGUUGGCCAUGCAAGAAAAGGCUGUUACAGAAAAGCAUUGGAGUUAUUCAAAGAAAUGUUAGAUGCCAAUGUUAGCCCAAACGCUGAUAGUCUUUCUUGUGUUAUAUCAGCUUGCAAGAACUUGCAUGCUUUUAGGAGUGGGAGAGAGGCUCAUGGAUACGGCAUUAGAACAUGUCUGGAUCACAAGUUCUAUGCUUCUGCUGGUGGUGCACUUGUGACCCGUUUAUUCAGCAUGUGGCAGGAUUGCAGAUGUGGCAAAUGCUUUCACAACCUUUCGUCCCUCCCCACCACCACUUCCUCCCACAACUUCGAGCUUGCCUUUGGCGACGUCACAGACCUCACUUCCCUCCUCGAGGCGUUCUCCGGCUGUGACGUCCUCUUCCACACUGCUGCCAUCGUCGAGCCUUGGGUCCUUAACCCCUCCGUACUCUUUACCGUAAAUGUUGAAGGAUUGAGGAAUGUGCUGCUAGCGUUUAGUCCAACGAGUUCUAUGCAGAAGAUGGUGUAUACCUCGUCCUUCUUUGCUCUUGGGCCUACUGACGGAUGUAUCGGUAAUGAGAUGCAGAUUAUAGAGCACUUCAGCGGGCGUUUACCAGGCUAUGUUGGCAAGGGCAAUGAAAGGUUUUGCUUUUCCCAUGUUGACGAUGUAAUACAUGGACAUAUAGCAGCACUGGACAGAGGGAAAAUUGGUGAAAGGUAUUUACUUGGUGGAGAAAAUGCAUCUUUUGCUGAUGUAUUUGACAUUGCUGCCAUGGUCACUGGAACACAACGGCCUUCAUUUCACAUUCCGUUGUGGCUAGUGGAAAUCUACGGUUGGAUGAGCGUGUUUUGGGCCCGUCUCACAGGAACGAUUCCUUUAAUUAGUUAUCCAAUAGUGCUUGUAAUGAGACACCAGUGGGUUUAUUCUUCUGACAAGGCGAAGGAAGAGCUCAAUUACAAGCCAAGAAAUUUAAAGGAAGGUUUAACUGAGGUUAUGACGUGGUUGAAGAGUGUAGGAAAAAUAAAUUAUUGAACUUGCACAUUGGCCAUCUCUCUUUACCAAAUUGUAUCACCAUUAGACUAGUGCAAAUAAAGGGGCCACCAUUAGACUAGUGGGACGAAAUUGUAAUUAAUGGUUCUUCAAAGUUUAUGAAGUACAACA